GUUGGUCUCGCAGCAUUCGAAGGCCUUGGAUUAUUAUUUGGUCGGCGACCCAGAAAGGCACGUUUGGUGCGCUGCCAACAGUGUCUGCGGCACAGGCUUGGCAGCCAAUGCCGUGGCUAUUCGCCACACUGGCAUUCAGGUUCCCUUGGACGAGGGCUAUGUCACGUGGAUCGCAUCGAAAGACAUCGCCGCUGGUGAAGAACUCCUUUGGAUGUACGUUGUCCAGGCCAAACCUGGUGCACAAAUGAAGAAGGCAAAGCCAAAAACCAACGAUGGUCCUCCGCAAGCAGAAAAAGCUACAGAGGAGGAGGAUGAUGUGCCUUUGGGUGAACUUUUUCCUGGCCAAGAUCAAGAAGGCAACAAUGACGAGGAACUGGAGCGCAUGUUGGACGAGGAAGACAAACAGUCGAAAGCCCAAGCCAGUUCGUCGAGCCAGGCAGAGAAGAAGCCCCCAUCGAGGAAGAGAAAAGAGAUGUCGCAGGUGGCCGUGACGCCAAAGAAGCAAAAAAACGACGAGGCCGAAGAGGAGGAACCCAAGAGCCCAGAAAGCGAUGUGCAGCAGGAAGAGGCAACCGCGCAUGAUGUCACUCGAACCAUACUUGACGAGCACGGGUCUUGUCUCUACAAGGGCACAGACUUCCAAUUUUGGUUUUACGACAACGCGAUCUACAUGGCUGCGCUGUCUCGGAAGCGCCGUGCUCUGAAGGGCACUAUCGUGCACAUGUUGACCGGCGGCGAGACUCGGGUGGACGACAGCGGCGAGCAUCUCAACGGCGGUAAGCUCUGGCAACCGACCAAAACCACGAAAGUUUUCGCGAUGGAACAAGGACAGAGCGUGCCAGAGACCACCUGCACCAUCGCACAGAUGAUUGAGCGGUUCUCCAUUACAGAGGUCUAUGGAGCGGGGAAGAUCAAGGGUGGCAAGAUACCCAAGGCAAAAUCGAUCGUGUGGCUGCCGGAGAAGGAGGAUACAACAACCUUCAAUUUGGUGCUGAGCAGUAAGACUCUAGACUGUUUUUUCGUGUGCAAGGCGGAAAAUGGAAGGCUGGUACCAAACGGAGUCGCCGUGCUGCUUGCAAAAAGCAGAACCGUAAGUCCUGGGAUGCCGGUUCUUCAGAUCAUGUAG